AUGGCUUGGAAGUGUUGUGAGAAAUGGCAAGAUUCCUUGUCGUUGAAGAUUAACAAAGCAAUGCAUCCUUUCAAAGGAGCAGGCGGAGGCGGCGGCGGCGGUGUUUGCGGUGGCGCGGGAUCCGCGGAGAGCCAGACACCUCGAGGCCCUUUCCUCCUGUCCCGAUCCCAGAAGCAGGGGUCCGGGCCCUCCCUGCAGUUGCCGGGCUAUCCCGCGCGUGCAGCCCUGCGAGGCAGCGAGCGGCCCCCGAGCCUGCGUGAUCCAGACUGUUGCCCCGCUCUCCUGUCAGCGCGAUGCCCGGGGCGGUGGCGGCUCCGGGCUCCUCGCGGCCCCGGCCGUGACCGCCACACCGAGCCCGGCCCGGAGGUUGGGGCCGUUGGGCGUUUGUUUUCGCAGCCUUCCCCUCCCCCCUCGCCGAGGCGGCGGGGGUGCGCGUUGGGAAGGGGGAGCCGAGAGACUCCUCCUCCUCCCCGAUACCCCCGCCCCUCCCCCUUACACACUCGCACGCACUAUCGCGCCGGCUCCCACACGCUCGCGCGCCUCCCGCUCUGCGCCUCCGUGUCGGCCGGCGUCGUCCCGGGCCCUCGGAGCCACCAUGUCCACUGCCUCCUCCUCCAGUUCCUCUCAGACCCCUCAUCCCCCGCCGCAGAGGAUGCGGCGGAGCACCGCGGGCUCCCCUCCUGCCGCCCCCCGGCGCGGCCCGCGGGCCCCAGCCCGCCCAGCCCGACGCUGCCUCCGGCCGCGGCCCCGACCGAGCAGGCGCCGAGGUCCAAGGGCCGCCCGAGACGGUCCCCCGAGAACCACCGGAGGAGCAACUCACCUGAGAGACGGAGCCCCGGCUCGCCGGUGUGCAGAGUGGACAGGCCAAAAUCUCAGCAAGUUCGAACCUCUAGUACAAUAAGGCGAACCUCUUCUUUGGAUACGAUAACAGGACCUUAUCUCACAGGACAGUGGCCACGGGAUCCUCAUGUUCAUUACCCUUCAUGCAUGAAAGAUAAAGCUACUCAGACACCUAGCUGUUGGGCAGAAGAGGGAGCAGAAAAGAGGUCACAUCAACGUUCUGCAUCAUGGGGAAGUGCUGAUCAACUAAAAGAGCAGAUUGCCAAACUGAGGCAGCAACUACAACGUAGUAAACAGAGUAGUCGGCACAGUAAGGAGAAAGAUCGUCAGUCACCUCUUCAUGGCAACCAUAUAACAAUCAAUCACACUCAGGCUACUGGAUCAAGAUCAGUCCCUAUGCCACUAUCAAAUAUAUCAGUGCCAAAAUCAUCCGUUUCACGUGUGCCCUGCAAUGUUGAAGGAAUAAGUCCUGAAUUAGAAAAGGUAUUCAUUAAAGAGAAUAAUGGGAAGGAGGAAGUGUCCAAGCCUUUGGAGAUCCCGGACGGUCGAAGAGCCCCGCUCCCCGCUCACUACCGGAGCAGCAGCACGCGCAGCAUCGACACGCAGACCCCCUCCGUGCAGGAGCGCAGCAGUAGCUGCAGCAGCCAUUCACCUUGUGUCUCUCCCUUUUGUCCCCCCGAGUCCCAGGAUGGUAGCCCUUGCUCGACAGAAGAUUUACUCUAUGAUCGUGAUAAAGACAGUGGGAGUAGCUCACCGUUACCCAAGUACGCUUCAUCUCCCAAACCAAACAACAGCUACAUGUUCAAACGGGAGCCCCCAGAGGGAUGUGAGCGAGUGAAGGUCUUUGAGGAAAUGGCGUCUCGUCAGCCUAUCUCAGCCCCUCUCUUUUCAUGUCCUGACAAAAACAAGGUUAAUUUCAUCCCAACCGGAUCAGCUUUCUGUCCUGUAAAACUUCUAGGCCCUCUCUUACCUGCCUCCGACCUGAUGCUCAAGAACUCUCCUAACUCAGGCCCGAGCUCGGCCCUGGCCACCCUGACCGUCGAGCAGCUCUCCUCCCGGGUUUCCUUUACGUCUCUCUCUGACGACACCAGCUCGGUGGGCGCCAUGGAGGCCUCUGUCCAACAGCCAUCGCAGCAGCAGCAGCUCCUGCAGGAACUGCAGGGUGAGGAACACAUCUCUGCUCAGAACUAUGUGAUCAUCUAAAGCGAAGGGGGAGCUGGCCUCUACCUUACCUUCGUGGAUUAGGAACUAGACCUCAGACAUCUUAUCUGCAUGGAGUGACAAACUUUCCGAACACCACCACCACCAACAGAAUACUUAUCAGCAUCAUAAAGUAUCUCUUAACACUGAUCUUGGCAGGGACGGAACUCCUAUUCAGCAGUUUUUGUGGAAAGCAGUAAUGCUUGCAAAAUGUGUGCGUCAUUCAGCAUUUUAAGUGGAGACUAUGCAUUUCAUAGUAUGUUUGACAGAUUAGUACUGUGUCCUGUGUGUUGUUCCAAAUUCUUCAGUAAAAAUAAGCUCUAUAUCAAAAAGUUGCCUGUCUAAAUAGAAAAUGUCUUGCUGUGUUUUGUCCUAUGGAGAAUACUGUACUUCAGGAUUACGUUUACAAUUGAUCCAGGUGUUUGUUUCUAACUUCUGUAAUACAUACAAUGCAAAAAAAUAAAUAAAUAAAUGGCCACAACAGUUGCACAGUGCCCACCCUAUGGCCUAGCUUCAGGUACUUCAGUUGAAGUCUAAACUCAGGUAACUUGGAAUGUAUAUCAUAUUGGGAUAUUAACUAUUUCACAGCUAAAAAGCUAAAGAGGGAACAUCACUCUUUUGCCUUUCCUUAUUUUAUGCAUUUCCCUUUCCUCAUUACAUUCCACAUUCUUAGAAUAAGAAGUGCAUUCAACCCUAGGAGAACAAUAAUCCUGGACAUGGGUGAACAUGAGGAGAACCAGCAAAUCUGUGGUGUCUGACAUCACUCUUGUCAUGCGGUUACAAGUUAAACAACUGUUGAAUUCACUGUUUCAACAUGUGUAAAUGUGGCUUUUUUUUUUUAAACAAGUUCAGGUGUUGCUCAGUUCAUGACUGUUAUAAUGUUGCAAAUAAAGUGUCUCCGGUACCAGGCUGUACAUAAACAUUCCAAUUGUGUGUGACGGACUUUAACAAGAAAGUCUAGGUUUAACUGCAAAACAAGUAAACUUUCCCAGGGGAUGGGUGAGAUUUUUUGUUUGUGUUGGCCGUCAGGGUCACGGAACGCUGUUGUUUUAGCUAAAGGCAUAUUAAUGUUCAGUUUCUCUCUCAGAAAUUCUUUGAGGGUCUACAAAUGACACACUUUUGGGUAUUGUUUUCCUUGAGCAGUUGAGUGCAUGAGUUGCAUUCAUGUGGAGAGAGAACGCGUGGGUCUCAGAAGUAAUGCAGCAUGGAAGCUGGUUGUUUGGCGACUUAGAAAAGCAGUAGUUUGCAGCUGUCUCUUCAAGCCUCUCCUCACAGUACCGUGAAUGGUUCUGUUAGAAUUUCGGAUGUGCAAAGGAAAGCAGAAACCCAAGUAAAUCACCUUGAACUUGCAGACUCGACCUGAAUUCUCAGCAGAGUUGUGUGAAGAGAGCCCUAGAUAAUCCCGAUUGGUCAGUGGAAGAGCCCAACUCUCAGACUUUGUUUUCUGCAGCACAAAGAGAGUCUCCAAAAGCAAAGGGAAGUUUUUGUAUUUUUAUUCCAUUGCUUUUAGUUCAGUAAAGCAGAGUUGUUUCAUCUGUACCCAAAGUAUAUGGCACCGUUUUCUUAAGAAUUAGGGGAAUAAGGUGCCUACAGUCCCAGGAACGUUUCAGUUCCCUUCAGUCAUUCCUCGGGUUUCUUGUUUUAUUUUCUAAGGAGGUUGAAGAAGGAAGAGGUGGUAGAGAAGAAAGCAACACCAUUGAUUUUUUUUCAGAAAUUAUAUAUAUAUAUGUAUAUGUUUGCGUGUGUAUGUAUUCUGUGUAUUAUUUUGUCAUGAUCCCAAUUAUCUUCUUUCCACCAAAGUUUGCAGUAAUAUUCUCUCCUGAAGGUGCAUUCUGGCUCCUUUAAAUUAGUCAGUGUUAUAUUGUAGGAGACUGUCAUGGAAAAGGACUCAGUUUACUUUUGCCAUUUUCACAGGGGAACCUUUUAAAACAAUCUCUUCAGCAGCAGACACCUUUAACCCUAAUAAUCUCAGGCCUUGAUGAAAAUACUAUAUUUUGUAGAUUAUGGUUAAAGGGAGAAAAUUAUUAGUUCUGUAAGAUAAAUAUGAGCUCCAUUAACUUCUGAUAUCUGGUUUAGCAUUACAUAAUGUGUUGAUCUUACACUCUGCUUUUGUCCAAAUAUGAUGCAAUAGUAUCAAUAUCAAUUUCUGAAAGAUGGACUGAAUGCUUUUUUGGUGAUGAAAUCUGAUGUACGAUAUUUAUAGUGACAUGUGCUUUUAUUUUCUCAUGAGAAACUAAAUAUUGUGUUGUACAUUUGUUCUUAGCAUAUAUUAAAGUUUUGAACCAAAUGUGUUAAAGCUUAUGCUUUGCCAUGUAAAUUUCCCAGAAGUUGUUGAGCUCAAAUGUAUCCUACAUCCAGCUGUAGAAAUUUGUCAGAAAUUGUUUAAAUUUUGUAUAUAGUUGUACUGUUUAAUUCUAGCCACUGCGCUGAACAGUAUUCGAGUUACCAUACAAUAUGGCUUUACACAAGGAAAUGUGUGGCUUUUGUUUUGUAUUUUUUCAGUAUAGAAGUUCCUGUGUCUUAUUUAAAUAAAGUUAUUAGUAAAACUGGAA